AUGGCUGUUGAUAGGUUGAAAAUGGAGCCAGCAACAAAGAAGUUGUACCCAAACCUCGAGCUGACCAUUUCAUAUUUAUCUCAGGACAGUGCUUUUUUCCUUCGGUGGAAAAUGGCCGUUCGUCAUCUUCAGGACAAAUACAUCUGGAAGGUGACACUGUGCAAAUUUUAUGUGACACGGGCUACAACCUUGCAGAUAAUCAGAGCAGCAUUACAUGUAUGGAAGAUGACUGGUCCUCUCCUCCCAAACGCAGCCCUGCCGGGCGCCUCGGGCCGACCAGAGGAGACAACAGAACCCGACUCCGGAAAGGUCGGAAGGAUUCAUGGACCGGGGCCCGUCCUCACCCAGCCCCAGAGGGGCGAGCUGGACGCGUGCACCAUUCCGGGGAGGAGAGGCCAUUCCGGGAGAGCAGCCCUCGGCUACACGUCCCCAGCGGGCGGCGGCGGCGGCGGGAGCGGAGCGAUGGAUCGCCGGCGGCCGGGGAAGCGAUACACACUGGGGUGCGGCCUCGGAUCGGAAGCCCCAUGGACGACGAGACGUGGGCGGGCGGCGGAGAGGGAAGGGAGGACACCGGCAAGGCGGCGGCGGCGGCGGCGAAGGGGGGCGGGGGGUAGUCGGACCCCACCAACCCACUACGGUAACGGAAACCCACGGACCCUUCGGGCAACCAUCGCGUGCUCGACUGCCCGACACCACCGACCAACCCGGCGCGCGCGAAGCCUAGGCCCGGUCCGAGGGCACAAAGCCGGGGAUACCAUCAGCCGGAGCGACACUCAACGUGGCGAGGCCGGCUUCGGUCCCGGACCGGGGGCCACGCGGUACGACCGGUCGGACGACGGGGGAUCGACAACGGCGAGGAGGCUGUGGCGCGCGGAAAGGCCAGCGGGCACCGCCGGGGCGGGGGCGCGGGCGCGCGCGGACGGCCUGGGGAAAUCCCUGAACGCAGUCGCGGGGAAAACGCACACGUGGUCUUACCGGCAGAGCAUUGAGCACAAGGGCGGCCCUGUGACGCCUGAACGCCAGCUGGCCUCGGCAACGCUGAAAACCUCCCACGGCCCGGCCCCGCCACCAAGGCCACCGAACCCCCGCGCGACUUCGAACGCAGCCGGCUGCGCCCCACCCACUCUGCGGAGGGGCCCCUCGUACGUCCAUCCGUCCGGUCCAGGGGCUCACCCCGCGCGGGUGUCAGCUGCGACGGGACGUGAGCGGCGGAAAGCUGCACGACGGCGUGGGGGACGGGGGGAGAGGUUGGGGCGGGCCCCGCCCCCCCCCGCCACCAGGUGCGCGACAGGAGAACCACGCGCACGCGGCCCCAUCGCUGGACGCCAGCCCGGCAUGGCGAGACCCUCCCUGGACUCCGAGGGGGAAGGCGUGGGCCGCGGUAGGCGAAGAGCGGCGCGCGGUGCCACUGGGUGCCGGCGGACCCCUCCUGGGAAGGAGGGGGCUCCGCCUACAAGCCACUAUCGGUGGCUACGCGCUAGAGAAGGGGCAGCGGCUGGGGAUCCUAUCCUAUACCCCAAGGCACCCCCGAGAAUCGCUAGAGGAGGCCUUCUCACCCAGGACGGGCGGUCCCCACCCACCGCCCCCCGUCUGGCCCUGCAAGGCGCUCAUACCGUGUCCACCCUUCACUUAUGCAGCGAGGGAACAGAGUACUGCAGCAGCAACCGAAGGCCCGGGAAGGUUGCAUCCAUUUUUCUUUCCACUAGAGCCAGAUUUGGUGAAACGCAGGGCCUCGCGGGUACGCGGCACACGCGAACUUUGGAAAACGACGUUGUUAAAUGUUUACCAGUAACAGAACCAGAGAAUGGGAGAGUUAUCUCUGGUGCACUGGAAUCAGACCAAGAAUAUUCUAGUGGACCAGCGGUACAGUUUGAGUGUAAUUCACGAGUCACAUGUAAUCCUCCUUAUAUUGCAAAUGGUUUCUACACAUCUCAAAGGAUUAUACACAGAAGUGAAGAUAAAAUCAGCUACAGGUGAAAAGAUGGCUUUUAUCCUGCAACCAGGGGAAAUACGGCACUAUGUACGAGCAGUGGCUGGUCACCUACACCAAGAUGUACCCUAAAGCCUUGUGAUUUUCCAGAAAUAAAAAAUGGAUAUCUACACCAAGAAGAUUAUUAUAGAUCAAACUUUCCAGUAGACAUAGGAAAAUAUUACUACUACUACUGUAAUAGGGGUUUUGUGACUCCUUCACAAAACUCUGGGGGUUACAUAAAAUGCACAAGAGAAGGAUGGUCACCAGAUGUCCCAUGCCUCAAAAGAUGCUAUUUGUAUCAUGUGGAGAAUGGAUAUUCUCAUUAUUCAAGAAGACAUCAUUUAGAGGGUCAUUCUGUAGGUGUUCAGUGCAAUCCUGGCUAUAGCCUUCAGAAUGGACAUAGCACCAUUGCUUAUACAGAGUAUGACUGGUCUCCUCCUCGCAGAUGCAUCCGUGUCAAAGCAUGUUCAAAAUCAGAUAUAAAAAUUCAGAAUGGAUUUAUUUCUGAAUCUAAGUAUAUGUAUCCUAUAAAUUAUCAAACACAAUAUACGUGUAAACCAGGAUAUGUAACAGCAGAGGGUAAAAUAUCAGAAUCUAUCACGUGCUUGGAAAGUGGAUGGUCUACUCAACCCAUAUGCAUUAAAUCUUGUGAUAUGCCAUUCUUUGAGAAUGCCAGACCAAAAAGUGAUGGCACAUGGUUUAAGCUCAAUGACAAGCUGGACUAUGAAUGCAGAGCUGGCUAUGAAAACACAGGUGGAAGCACCACAGGCUCUAUAGUAUGUGGUGAUGAUGGUUGGUCUGACACACCCACGUGUUAUGAAAGAGAAUGCGGUGUUCCUGAUAUACCACCAAACUUAAACGCUUCGCCCAAGAAAGACAAAUAUAAAAUUGGAGAUGUACUGCAUUUCUCCUGUAGACAGAGAUCUAAAAGAGUUGGACCGGAUUCCAUUCAGUGCUACCACUUUGGGUGGUCCCCAAAUCCCCCAACAUGUAAAGGGCAAGUAAAAUCUUGUGGUCCACCUCCUCAGCUCCUCAACGGGGACAUUAAGGGGUCAAAGAAAGAAAAAUAUGACCACAGUGAAGUGGUGGAAUAUGAUUGCAAUCCCAGAUUCCUAAUGAAGGGAUCUAAGAAAAUUCAAUGUGUUGAUGGAGAUUGGACAACUUUGCCUAUAUGUGUUGAGGAAGAGAGUACAUGUGGGGAUGUACCUAUACUGGAGCAUGGCUAUAGCUUGUCCUCUGACCCUCCCUAUCACCAUGGACAUUCAGUGGAGUUCAGUUGCAGAGAAUCCUUUACAAUGAUUGGAUACAGAUCAGUUACAUGUGUCAAAGGAAUGUGGACCCAACUUCCUCAGUGUACUGCAACAGAACAACUUCAGAAGUGUAAAUUAUCAAGGAUACAUGGAUCCAAUUCAAGACUAUCAGAUCAGACUAAAUUUAAUCAUAAUGCCAACUUCAGUUACAGAUGUAGAGGAAAAUCAGAACACAAACAAUCAACCUGCAUAAAUGGAAGGUGGGAUCCCAAGCUAACUUGCACAGAAGAAAAAAAACAGUUAUGCCCACCUCCACCUCACAUUCCCAAUACUCGAGAUAUGACAACGACAGUGAAUUAUCAGGAUGGAGAAAAAAUAUCUAUUCUCUGUCAAGAAAAUUACCUCAUUCAAGAAGCCGAUGAAAUUGUGUGCAAAGAUGGAAGAUGGCAGUCAAUACCUCGCUGUGUUGGAAACAUUCCAUGUUCUCCACCACCUCAUAUUAAACAUGGAAUAAUUAACUUAUCUAGAUUUUCAGAAGUAAGGAAAGCAACAUCCAAACCUAGACUCUAUUCACAUGGUAGAAAAUUAACUUGUAUUUGUGAAGAUGGUUUCAGCCUAUCUGAAGAAGAAACAUGCCACAUGGGAAAAUGGAGUUCUCCACCUCAGUGUGUAGGACUGCUUUGUGAGCCACCACCUUUGAUUCCUCACGGUGUUCUAUCUCAUGAGUUAGACAGCUACUAACGUGGAGAAAUCACAUACAACUGUACUGAUGGUUUUGGCAUUGAUGGUCCUGAGUCUAUGAAAUCGUUAGGAGGAAAAUGGCCUCCCCCACCAGAAUGCAAAAAUACAGAUUGUCUGAAAUUACCCACAUUUGCUAAUGCAGUACUCAAAGACCUGGAAAAAGAAUCAUAUAGGUCAGGAGAACAAGUAGAGUAUGAAAAAAAUUUCCAAUUAGAUGAGUCAAAUACUGUAGAGUGUAUCAAGGGCAAAUGGAUAGGUAGCCCAACAUGCAAAGAUAUUUCCUGUGGGAAUCCACCUGAAGUGAAAAAUGCUAAUAUUAUCUCAAAACAGAUGACUAGGUAUCCACCUGGAGAGAGAGUACUUUUUGAAUGUAACAAACCUUAUUCCCUGUAUGGAGAGGUAGAAGCGAUGUGUCUGAGUGGAACCUGGACAGAAGCACCUCAGUGCAAAAAUUCUGAAGGACAAUGUGGGCCGCCUCCACAUAUUGAAAAUGGAGACACAACUUCAUUCCCAUUACCUUCCUAUGCUCAAGGAUCAUCAGUUGAGUACCAAUGCCAGAACCUCUAUGAACUUCAGGGGAACAAACAUAUAACAUGCAGAAAUGGACGGUGGUCAGAACCACCAAAAUGUUUAGAUGCAUGUGUAAUAUCAGAAGAAAUGAUGGAAAAAUAUAACAUACAGUUAAAAUGGAAAAAUGACAAAAAAACUUAUGUCAAAACAAAUGAUACUGUUGAAUUUACUUGUAAAUUGGGACAUAGGGAAAAGACACCAAGAGAAACUUUCCAACCAACAUGUCAGGAAGGGAAUCUGGAGUAUCCCAGUUGUGAAACAUACUUUGGUUAA